AUGAAUGACCUUCAGCUACUUGGCGAAAUCAACUCGCCGACUAGUUUUAACUUUCUGGAAUUGCAAGGCUGCGCUGCCCCUGCAGUAAACAACUCCAGAAACCCUAAUCCCCAAAUUUCAGCUACAAACGAAAUUGUACCUGAAGAAAUUGAGUCUGAGGCUACUUCAGCACAAACCAAGUCUGUCGUUCCCCCUAUCGUCGCUGCUCAGCAGAAUAUCGAACAACCCAACGCGCAACCGCCCAGGCUUCCAACGGUUCCGGAGGAAGGUGUUAAAUCCAAAGUGGCGUUGUGGAAAGACAAAGUUAAACCAAACUCUGGAAAAUUCGAGCCGAAAAAGGCCCCGGCAAGAGGAGCUGUACAUGCCAUUGUUAAUGGUAUGUGGAGCAAACACAGGCGUGACAUCUCAGUGUCGAAGAUGGAUGGCAAAGCGUUUUUGUUUCGAGUUCCUUGCCCAAAUGCUCGUCGAAGGAUUCUCAAUCAGUGCUUAUGGCAGGUAGAUGGACAAACCAUGUUCGUAGCGAAAUGGUCUCCUGGUGUUAAGCCGGAGAAGCCUUCUCUAUCUACUGUUCCUGUCUGGCUUGACCUAACGGGAGUCCCUCUUCAGUUCUUCAAUGAAGACGCCUUGAAGGAGAUUGCAAGUCUGGUGGGUCAUCCUAUCUGCCUGCACCCCAGCACAGAAAAUCUUACAAACUUAGAAGUGGCAAAGGUGUAUACUGUCAUAGAUCCCCGUCAGCCGUUACCGGAGGCCGUUAAUGCACAAUUUGAAUCAGGAGAGGUGGUGCGCAUUCAAGUCUCAAGCCCUUGGCUCCCUUCCUUGUGCUCUCACUGCUCCAAGGUUGGCCAUACGAUAUCUAAGUGCCCCAACGCCCCUCCUCGAUGUGAAUUCUGCAGGUCUGUCAAGCACUCUUCUGAAGCUUGCCCCAGAUCAACAGUACCUCAAGAGUCAAAUGUUCCUAAACGUAAUGGCAAAGCUCCUAUCGCUAGUCAGUUCCCAAUUGUUGGAACGGGUAAUGAUAAAGGUCCUGGUAUAGCUAGAGCAACGCCAAAAGCACUGCCUAAGGAAAAGCCUAAAGCCUCAGCUCCUCCUCCGGCCUCUAACAAAAAAGGAAAGCGCCAGAAUAAUAAGCAAUGGGCUCCCACUGAAGGUAAUAAGCGCACUGAUGCUGACUCAAGGGCUCAGAUGUACCAGGCCGGACCUUCAACUGACCCAAAAACCAUUACGCUAGAUCUUGAAGAAGGAGAGAUAUGUGUUGAUCUUCGUCCCAUAAAUCUGGACCCAGGAAAAGUUUGGCUUCUGUGGCAUCCAUCAGUCUCUGUGUCAGUGCUCCAGAAAUCUCUACAGUGUAUUACGUGUUCGGUAAAACUGCCGUUUGUGUCAACUGAAUUUGCUGUUACUCUUGUCUACGGGUCCAACCACAGGAAAGUGAGGCGUGAGCUAUGGUCGGAGCUCUCUUUCCUGUCCUCAUCUACCCAUAUUAGCCAUGUUCCUUGGACAGUUCUAGGUGAUUUUAAUCAGAUUCUUGAGCCAUCUGAACACUCUUCAGCAAAUGCGCCCUCUUCUUCUCGGGGAAUGCGGGAUUUCUUUAACUGCACAGUCACUGCGGGCCUCUCUGAUCUGCCGUAUUGUGGUAACUCUUUCACUUGGUCAAACAACCAAGGAGCUUCGGUGAUAUCUAAGAAACUUGAUAGAAUCCUCGUCAAUGAUGAGUGGCUCCGUCAGUUUCCAAAUUCACUUGGUGUCUUUGGAGACCCUGGAAUAUCUGAUCACAGCCCGUGUUGCGUCUAUCUUGAUACCACUGUCUCCAGGAAGCUAAAGGAAUUGAAGAGUAUCAUUAGAUCGUUUAGCAAGGAAAAUUACUCAGGGAUAGAGAAGAGAGUAGUGGAAGCUUUUGCGACUCUUACUGAAUGUCAGAGGAUUCUACUCUCUUCCCCGACUCCUCAGGCGGGUAUUGAUGAGAGGUUAGCUUUUGAAAAUGGUCUGUUCUUGCUAAGGCUGAGGAGUCUUUCUUCUUCCAGAAAUCUCGUGUUACUUGGAUUGAUAAAGGAGACUCCAAUACCACCUUCUACCAUCGGCAACUAA